AUACAAAAAUUAUAAAUAAUAACUCACUGGAGAGAAGGGUUCUUAAAAAAAUGUAUAAUCUUGUAAUAUUCAAUAAACCAAAUCAAUACAAGAGUUUCAAUGCUUAAAAAACAAAUUAGCCUGAAAAUAUGCCAAGAAAUGCAAAAUUUAUCUUUCACUUACAGACAAUAGAAGGAAAUAAUUUAUUUCUCUUUUAAUAGCAUUACAUAAUUCAGAGAAAACUGGUAAAAACAUCACAAUACAUAUACCUUUCUUCAAAAAUAUUACUAUUUUAUUCUAUAAAUGAAGUAAACAGCAAAGAGAAAAACAUUUCUGAUGAGUAUCAAUAAUUAUGCCAAGUAUAUCUUUAGCCAGGCAUAGGACAUUUUUUCGCAACACUGGAUAUAUUAAAAGUCAAUUUCAAAUAUUCAAAAUGUGUAAAAUUAUGGACUUUUUUGUUCCACAUAGGCCUCCAAUUGGAAGGAAAAUUAUGAAUAGUUGGUUUUUCCAACUAAAGAUAUUUUUCUGUGAUUGUUUUAAUGUACAGCUAUUGUUAUAUUUUAGGCUUAAAAUAUCAAUUGAUAAAAACAAAGAUGAUUUUUAUAACCAUAGAUUUGGGUAUAUCCAUUAUGUCCUGUGACUGAAAACAGACCUAUUGAUUGGCAUUUUUCAAGCAAAUGCACAAAAUGUUUGCCUUGUUCCUCCGGCCAAUUCGAAUUUGUAUUUUAUACAAUGAAACAGAACCAAAUAAAUAUAAAUAAUAUUCUUGAUCAGAUUUGAAAGAUUGAAAUUUAUAAUUUUUAUGAAAGUUUGACAUGCAUUGUUUGUUCUAUUGUAAUUCCAUAGUGGCACAAUCUGUUAUGGUCAAAGAAUCUAUUUCCUAGGAAAUAAAUGUCUUUUUAAAGUUCUAGAAUCUAAUUCUACUAAUUAAUGUGUGUCUAUUCAUUGUACAACCUACAACCAUACAUUGCAGUUAAAGUUUUUUAACUAGUAAAUUUUACUGACAAAUAAUCUGAUUUUUGAGAGAAAUAAAUUAAAAAAUGGACUCGACUCUAUCAAAUUCCAACUCUGGAGAAGUUUGUAAAUCUGCAAGAAAGAAAAUAGAAAAUUUACAAGAAAGUUUUAAAUGUGUUUGUGAAAUUUCAGAAUCAUUCAACAUUAAAGAUUUAAAAAAGAAAAAAGUUGUUAAAUGGUUAAAGAUAAAUCAGACAAUUUUAAAGAGAAUCAUUAUAAAAGUCAACCUCUUGAUAUCUAUGGGUGGCUCAAUUCUUGAAAGCAGGGCAAAAGCUGUUGAAAAUGCUAUGGUUGUGCUUGUUUGUUAUUCACAAAAAUAUCAGGAUAGUCCAUCUUGCAGGAGUGAAGCUGAAUAUGCUGCUCAAAAGAGAAGAAUCAUUAUUCCUAUAAAAAUGGAAGAAAAUUUUGAACCUGAAAAUUGGUUGGGUUUAAUUCUUGGAAAUUUAUCAUCUAAAACUCAAAUUCCACUUUUAGCAUUGAAAGAUUGUUUUAAGCUUAAGCUUAAAGUUUGGAAUAUUUUACAAACAAUCACAGAAUACUGA